AAGCUGUGUUCAUGCAGUAGCCAGCAAUGAGCAGUAUUUUUCAGAGAUUUUAAGAGCACACCUACUGCUAUGUAUUUCACAUUUUAGCUUGCUGGGACUGAAGGUGUAUGGAAGAAACAGUUUUAAGUUUCGAAGAUAUUGCAAAAGACAGUUCCUCUGCUCAUCCUGGAAAAUCCUGACAGACCAGUUGGAUACCUUUCAGGCCUUAACCAAGAACUUUAUCUUCUCAUCCCACUGUCUUUCUUACGGUAGAAAGACCCGAAACACCCUUAAGAACUGAGAACCUGACUAAUUUAAACAGAUGGCUAAUCCUAGUGCUGUCUGCAAUGGACAUCUACAUCACCAUCACCAGAAACAGAAUAACCUCUUAAAAAGUGGAAUCCAUAAGAAAAAUGGAAUUACUAAAGGAAUGAAGAAGAAUGGCGUAUCAAAUGGAACUCUCUACAAAAAAACAUUUGUUGAACACUUUGAACAGGCACCAAUGUAUGUUGCCGUUCUUACUUUCCUGGGUUUUGGAGUGGGAACAGUAUUUGGCUACCUGCGAGAUUUUAUGAGAGCCUGGGGAUUAGAAAAACGUAACGUUGCUGCAGAAAGAGAAGAGCAAAAAGAUUUUGUGCCACUUUAUCAAGAUUUUGAGAACUUUUACACCAGAAACCUCUAUUUGAGAAUACGGGAUAACUGGAAUCGUCCAAUUUGCAGUGUCCCAGGGCCGCAGUUUGACCUCAUGGAACGUGUUACAGAUGAUUACAACUGGACCUUUAGGCUUACAGGAAGGACUAUCAAGAAUGUAAUCAAUAUGGGUUCUUAUAACUACCUCGGCUUUGCAGAAACGGAUGUUAAUGCUUUGAAAACUGUGACCAUAGAGUUAGAAAAAUAUGGGACAGGAAUCUGCAGUACCAGGCAGGAAAUGGGCACUCUGGACAAACACGUAGAAAUAGAGAAACUUGUGGCCAAAUUCCUCGGUGUGGAAGAUGCUAUGGUGUUCGGCAUGGGCUUUGCAACUAACUCAAUGAAUAUUCCAGCCCUUGUUGGGAAGGGCUGCCUCAUUUUAAGUGAUGAGUUGAACCACACUUCUCUCGUUCUUGGUGCGAGGCUUUCAGGUGCUACUAUUAGAAUCUUCAAGCAUAAUAAUAUGCAGAGCCUUGAGAAGUUGCUGAGGGAAGCAAUAAUAUAUGGGCAGCCUCGAAGCCACAGAGCAUGGAGAAAAGUUAUCAUCCUUGUGGAGGGCAUUUACAGCAUGGAAGGGUCCAUCGUGCGCCUGCCAGAGAUAGUCUCCUUGAAGAAGAAAUACAAAGCCUACCUCUACUUGGAUGAGGCUCACAGCAUCGGUGCCGUGGGGGCAACGGGCCGAGGAGUUGUGGAGUACUUCGGUAUGAACCCUGACGAUGUUGACGUCUUAAUGGGAACGUUCACAAAGAGCUUUGGUGCAGCUGGAGGAUACAUAGCUGGCAAAAAGGACCUUGUGGACUUUUUACGAACUCAUUCUCACAGUGCUGUGUACGCCACGUCUAUGUGUCCGCCCGUGGCAGAGCAAAUCAUCCGGGCAAUGAAGUGCCUCAUGGGACUAGAUGGGACAACACAAGGGCUCCAAAGAGUGCGCCAGCUGGCGAAAAACACAAGGUACUUCAGGCGAAGACUGCAUGAAAUGGGCUUCAUCAUUUAUGGCAAUGAUGACUCUCCUGUUGUCCCCUUGCUCCUUUACAUGCCUGGUAAGAUAGGGGCUUUUGCAAGAAGCAUGUUACAGAAAAACAUUGGGGUGGUUGUGGUUGGGUUUCCAGCUACUCCUAUCACAGAAUCCAGGGCUCGUUUCUGUGUGUCAGCUGCACAUACACGGGAGAUGUUAGACACGGUUUUGAAUGCUCUGGAUGAAUUGGGUGAUUUUCUACAACUGAAAUAUUCCCGGUAUUCCAAGUCAUCUCAUCCCGAACUGUAUGAAGAAACUAGGCUUGAACUUGAAGAUUGAGUUUUCCACCCAUGAAGAGAACAUUAUGAUGCUAUGAAAAGGGGGAAAACCUGAAAACUAAAAAACACAAAUGCAUUUCUUCCCUUCUAAGGACAAUUUUUGUUUCUCAGUUAAUUGAAAGGAGGGGAAGCUCGGGUGUUGCAUUUUAUUGUAUCAAAUUUCUGUAUUCAAGAGACUGAAAUACAGAUACAGAUUUGCCUCCCCAGGAGAUCUGUCCUUGUUUUGGAUGCAGAAGGGACGCAUCCAUUGAUCAAGUUGCUAGCGUACAGCUUUU